UCAGUACGGUCAGCGUGUACCCACAGCAACUUCACCAAGUAAUACAAAUUCAAGCAGCUCAUCAAAUACCGGAUCCCAGAGCGGAACAUUAAGUACUAGUCUAAGCAAUACCAAUACAAAUACAACAACAAUGGGUCCUAACAAUGGUACAACACAGAAUCAUCAAGGCGAACAAUUGUCGAAAACAAAUUUAUAUAUACGGGGUUUACAGCAAGGCACAACCGAUAAAGAUUUAGUUACUAUGUGUGCACAAUAUGGAACGAUUAUAUCCACAAAGGCUAUUUUAGAUAAAACAACAAAUAAAUGUAAAGGUUAUGGUUUUGUGGACUUUGAGUGUCCAGCCUACGCUGAAGGAGCCGUCAAAGGAUUACAGGCAAAGGGCGUUCAAGCUCAAAUGGCCAAAGUGGGUGUUUGGGUACUACAUAGGCCGGCCAUUCAACAAGAACAGGAUCCCACAAAUUUGUACAUUGCAAAUUUACCACCCAGCUUCAAAGAGACCGAUCUGGAGGGUAUGCUUUCGAAAUAUGGUCAGGUGGUGUCAACAAGAAUUUUACGUGAUGCUCAACUAAACUCAAAGGGUGUUGGCUUUGCCCGCAUGGAAAGCCGUGAAAAAUGUGAACAAAUCAUUGCCAUAUUUAAUGGUACAACUAUUCCCGGUGCCAAAGAUCCACUUCUAGUUAAAUUUGCCGAUGGCGGUCCCAAAAAGAAGAAUCUCUUCAAAGCACCCGAUCAGAGUGGACGAACGUGGCGUGAUGUCUCCACUGAGGGUAUCCCCGUGGCCUAUGAUCCAAAUGCUAUGCAACAGAAUGGUGUCAGUGUAAAUAUGGGUACACCAAUUGGUGUGCCAUAUUCACGUUUUGGUGCACCCCAGGUGGGUGGUUAUCCAAUGGCUGGUUCACAAUGGAUACCCAGUUAUAUGAUGACACAACCGAUCACUCAGGUAGAUGAUCAGUAUAUGCAAAUGGCCGCUGCUCCACAAUUAGGCGUUGCUUCCUAUAAACCAGAUGCUGUCAAUCAAGUGCAACCACGUGGCAUAUCGAUGAUGGUUAGCGGCGACACAGGCGUUCCAUAUGGCACAAUGAUGCCCCAAUUGGCCACAUUGCAAAUUGGCAAUUCGAAUUUCUCUCCAUCAUUACAGUAUAUUAGUCCAAGUUAUCCAUAUUAUGCACAACCUACAAUUAUACCAACAAUGCAAAUGACAGAUUCUGAACAGGCUAGCACAGCUGCAUCACCCGAUGAGGCAUAUACGCAGUAUCCACAUCCAGCCGCUCCCAAAUAGGUUUUCGCGAGAUGUAAUAUUCUAAUACCGCAUGUGGCACUUUGAAGGGGCUGAUUUUGACUGGAUUUUACAACAACAACAACAACUGUGGCUGAAAGUAUUUAGACAAACAACAACAACAAAAA